GCCGACGAAUUUUGUCCGGAUGAUUGAAAAUUUGACGCUCUCCAUUUCUGAACGCACCCCAGUAUUUACAUCUAAUUUAAAAAAGCAAGAAAGACAAAAAGAAAUAAACAUUUUAGUAUGAGCGUUGUGCGUUGUCCAUCAAUAAUGCUGUAAAUCUCAAUAGAUAAGUGAACAUGCCUGUCGUUCAUCUGCAUCUUGUCAGUUGCCAUUUGUCACUUUGGUCAAUUGUCAUUUUCAGUUAAGGGAGGUUGUUGAAUUUUCUAUAAACAUUUUAUAACAAUAAACGUUAGAUUUAAUUUAUUUAAAAUAUUGUAUAGAAAAAAUAAAAAACGAUGUUGUACCUAGAAGAUUAUUUAGAAAUGAUUGAACAUUUACCCCAGGAAUUAAGGGAUAGAUUCACAGAUAUGAGGGAGAUGGAUUUAACUAUACAUAAUAAUAUGGAUGAACUUGAAAAAAGAGUAAAGAGUUUCUUUAAUGAUUGUAAAAGGUUCCCUCCUGAGAGUUUGCCACCUACUGUUGAUGGGGAAUUUGAAUCUAUUAGAAAAGAAUAUUACAAAGCUUUAGAAGAGGCAGAUGAAAAGGUACACUUAGCCAGCCAGAUGUAUGAUUUAGUUGAUAAGUAUUUAAGGAGGUUAGAUUCAGAAUUGCAUAAAUUUAAAUGUGAAUUGGAAGCAGAUAAUAAAGGAAUAACAGAAGUUCUUGAAAAGAGAUCUUUAGAAUUAGAUACACCAAAUACUACUCCCAAUAUCUCUUCUCUUCAACAAAAGGAAAAUCGUUAUGAGAGUUCUUUUAGAUACACAAGACCUAGGGCAGAAAAACGUAGAGAUAGCACUAUACCGGUACCAGCACAGUUAGCAGAAAAGAGACAAGUUGUAGCACCGGUAAUACCACCCCCGUUGAUCGAAUCGAGACACCCUCCUAUACAAGCCAUUCCUCCUGUUACAACUACUAUUUCUUAUAACAUCGGCCAUACCUUGGGCGCCGGACCGGCCAUUGCAGCAGCCGCUUCUCAGGCAAUUGCUGCGACACAGCAAAUGCAACAAGGCAGAAGGACCGCAAGUUUAAAGGCUUCAUACGAAGCCAUCGGUGCACAUGGACAUGAGUUUGGCAUAGGACGAGAAUUGGCCGGUGCCGCUGAAACUGCUAUUCAAGCAAUUCAACAGGAUCAUGCAAAUAACAAGAAAAAACAUAAAAAAUGGAGCAGCAGUAGUUCUUCGAACACAUCUUCGACGGCUGUCGUGGCUCAGCCCGUCAUACCUACACCGGUAGUUGUUCCUACUCCCGAAUCACCUGCAGAAACCAGUUCACAAAAUGCUGAAGUUACUGACGGCGAAUGGACGUACGAUCCCAAUGAACCCAGAUACUGUCUUUGUAAUCAAGUAUCCUAUGGUGAUAUGGUUGCAUGUGAUAAUGAAGAUUGUCCUUCAGAGUGGUUCCAUUAUCCGUGUGUUGGUAUAACUGCCCCGCCAAAAGGAAAGUGGUAUUGCCCCCAGUGUACGGCUUCGAUGAAACGCAGAGGGGGUAGAAAAAAUUAGUUCCUAAAUUGCAAAAUACAUUUUGUGUAAAUAUUUUAAUUAAGUGUAGUUUUUAGUAAUCUUAUAUAAUGAUAAUUAUUAAAUUGUAGAUAGCUAGACUUUUAUUAGUAUUGACGGAUAUUAAACUGGCUGGUUUUUAGCAGUUAAAAAAAAAAAACAUUUAAAAUUGUUUUUAUGUGUAUGUAUGUGUGAAAAAAGUGUUGAAAAUGAUUAAAUUGUAGUAA